CUCAUGAAGGGAAGAAUGGCAGUGUCUGGUGAAUUGUUUGGUUUUCCGGUGUCAGAUCUUCUCCACAGAGUGGACUUUGGAGCACCAACAUGACUUCCAUGGUGCUGCUCCUGCUUCAGACGCUGCUGCUGCUCCCGCUGGUGUCGGCCUCUCAUCACUUUGGGGGAACCGUGGGCUUCAGCUACAAAGGAACAAAUCCUGAUGGAUCCUUCAAGGUUUCCUUUCGUAACAAGGCCACCUAUGAUGGAUGUCAGUUUAGUCACUACUGGUCCUGCUCCAGAGGGAACUGUGGCUCCACCAACGGGGGGCAGAAAACUGUGAUUGACAGCAGUAGCAAUGCUCCCAUCUACAACAGCCAAUGGUGUGAAACGGAAACAGUGGAAACAAGAACUGUUGGGAGUGACAAACCAUUUGAACUGAGCGAUUUGAACUGUUGCUGGAUUCCAACACGAAACGGUGUCAAUAACUGGAGACUGAAUACUCUGGUGGAUCUGGGAAGAAGAUCUGACACCGGAAAACCAAACAAUUCACCAGACACUGGCGUUCUUCCCUUCAUGAGAGUUCCUGAAAACUGCCCGCGGUCAUACAAGCUGAUGGCCUUUGAUCCUGACGGUGACAGAGUCCGCUGUCGGUAUGGAAACUACAGUGACAGAGAGUGUGACGGAUGUGAUCAACCAUCAGGCUUUCACCUUGAUGAGGAUUCCUGCACGUUGCACUAUCAGCAGGGCAGUGCUGACCCCAGAGUCUAUGGCUUUGAGAUGGUGGUAGAAGAUUAUUCCCGACAGCAUAUUGAUCUGUUUUACUCAGACGGAUCAAAGGCCCACAAGCAUCCACUGCUGGCCAGAAGGAAGAGGAGUGUGUGGGUGGAGAGUUCUACACCAUCCCUUCAAAACCAAUCAGAGCCAAUUCCCUUAUGGCAUUCAUGGUGGUGGUGGGGACACAGAACCACACUACCACCAACGACAACAACAACACGAAGAACCACACUACCACCAACGACAACACGAAGAACCACACUACCACCAACGACAACAACAACACGGAGAACCACACUACCACCAACGACAACAACAACAACACGGAGAACCACACUACCACCAACGACAACAACUACAACACAGAGAACCACACUACCACCAACGACAACAACAACAACACGGAGAACCACACUCCCACCAACGACAACAACACGGAGAACCACACUACCACCAACGACAACAACAACAACACAGAGAACCACACUACCACCAACGACAACAACAACAACACAGAGAACCACACUACCACCAACGACAACAACACGGAGAACCACACUACCACCACCAACAACAACAACACCGAGAACCACACUACCACCAACGACAACAACAACAACACAGAGAACCACACUACCACCAACGACAACAACAACAACACGGAGAACCACACUACCACCAAAGACAACAACACGAAGAACCAGACUACCACCAAAGACAACAACAACACCAAGAACCAGACUACCAUUUAAGACAACAACACAAAGAACCACACUACCACCAAAGACAACAACACGAAGAACCAAACUACCACCAAAGACAACAACACGAAGAACCACACUACCACCACCAACAACAACAACACCGAGAACCACACUACCACCAACGACAACAACAACAACACAGAGAACCACACUACCACCAACGACAACAACAACAACACGGAGAACCACACUACCACCAAAGACAACAACACGAAGAACCAGACUACCACCAAAGACAACAACAACACCAAGAACCAGACUACCAUUUAAGACAACAACACAAAGAACCACACUACCACCAAAGACAACAACACGAAGAACCAAACUACCACCAAAGACAACAACACGAAGAACCACACUACCACCAAAGACAACAACAACACCAAGAACCACUCUACCACCAAAGACAACAACAACACCAAGAACCACACUACCACCAAAGACAACAACAACACGAAGAACCAGACUACCACCAAAGACAACAACACCAAAAACCACUCUACCACCAAAGACAACAACAACACCAAGAACCACACUACCACCAAAGACAACAACAACACGAAGAACCACACUACCACCAAAGACAACAACACCAAAAACCACACUACCCCCAAAGACAACUACAACAAGAGCAACAACAACUACACAAACUACAAGCACAAGAUCCACCACAAGACAAAGCACAACUACCGCAGGACAUCCUCCGUACACCAACACUUCUCCUCUCAGUAAAUUGCCCCUCCAGUUUUCUUUACUUGUGGAUCCAGCGGUCCCUUCCUGUAAAGAAGGAGUCUACCUUCCAACGUUUGUGCAUCCAACCCCUGCAGAUGGAGCACGCAUUAAGGCAGAGGUCAACAAAGAGGUGGAGAUUAAAGUCAAAGCAGAAGCAACUCAUUCAGUAAUGCAAGACCUCAUCAUGAGUGGACCUUCAAACAUUAGCAUGCACAGGAGCACACACAAUGAGUUUGUCAUCCGGUGGACACCUAUGCCAGAUGACCUGGGAGAGCAUUACCCAAUCUGCUUUGCUGUGGAAUCAGCAACUGGGUCAGCUAUUAGCAGCUUUCAGACUGCCUCCUAUAAUCAUGUUCAUGCUACAGCCGUCUCACAGUCUGGUGUCUAUCAGACUGAGAUGAGGUGUGUUCUUGUGGACGUUGGAAAGGAGCAAAUCAAAGCCAACGUGGUCUGUGGUGAGUCCUCCAUGAGGGUGGAGAUCCCCAAAGAUUCCCUCAUUGGACUUUCUGAAGACCAUCUGGAGCUGAGUGACCCCACCAACACUGUCUGCAGCCUGACCACUCACUCCAACAGCUCUCACGUCAUCGCCGACUUCCCCCUCAACGCCUGUGGCACUCAGAUCGAGGAGGAUGACGACAACCUCUUCUUCAAGAAUGAGAUCACCACAGUGGACGACCCCAGUCAGCUGAUCACCAGGAAGCACCUCAUGGAGAUCAGCUUCUACUGCCAGUACGCCAAGAAAAGCAACAUGACUGUGGGUUUCACAGCUCACAGGAAGAACAUCACCGUGUGGGAGAGAGGCUUCGGCACCUUCACCUACCAGUUUGAGUUCUACCCAGACAGCCAGUACCAAGCCAUGAUUGACCCGAAUUCCUACCCUCUGGAGUAUGAGCUAGGAAGCAAGAUCUACAUGGAGAUUGAAGCCUCCUCUUCACCCAACAACACUGAGAUGUUUGUGGAGUCCUGCAGAGCCUCACCCUAUGACAACCCCAACUACCACUCCACCUACACCAUCAUUGACAAUGGGUGCACAGUGGAUCCAACUGUUCAGAUUUACGCCCCCUCCAACCACAAACAGUUCCGGUUCAGCGUGGAUGCCUUCAAGUUCAUUGGUUUGCAUGAUCAGGUGUACAUCAGCUGCUCAGUGAUGGUGUGUGAAGCAGGGAACCCCAACACCAGGUGCUCUCAGGGAUGCAUGAACUCCUCCAGUUCCAACGAUCAUCAUCACAUCCACAAGAGAGAGGCCGGCGUCCAGAGCGGAGCACACUUCAUUUCCCAGGGUCCUUUGCGACUGCACUCAGACAACAGUGUUUCAGGGAUGAACCUGAACCUGGUCUUCAUCGCCGGAUGUCUUCUGGCUGCUGUGGGAAUGAUCUGUGGCACGGUCGUCUUCAGGACCAAAAUGGCCCAAGUCCAACCUCGACCUCCGUUCCCCCUUUGAAAGCUGUAAGGGAUUUGUUUUCAUGACUUUAUCUCAGGGUUACAGUGUCUGGGUUUGAGCUUGUGUGCAUUUAAACAGAUGUUUUUAACUUUUGAAAUCAUCUUUGCUGCUUGAAGCUGAAAGGGGAUUUUUUUCUAAAAGGAUAAAAUUCUGUGUUUUCUAUACAUUGAUGUAAAGUGUGAUGGUCCUGCACCGCAACUGUCAGCUGAUUGUCACCUCCUGCAGCUUUGAUGCUGUUACCAAUGUUGUACUUGUUAAAGAUUCAAACCAAUCAGCUCUCUGGGAUUUUAAAAUGUCUUUUUGCUGAAAAAUUUGCUUUGUGUUUUGUUGUGUUGUUGAUUCUUACUGACUAUUUAAACAUCUUCAUUUUUCACUUGUCAUAUUUCUCUUCCACUUUUUCACAAACAGUCC